GGGAGGGCAGCAGCAGAGCUGGAUGGAGAGGAAACGUGAGAGCGGACUACAGCGGUACACUUACAACCUUUCCUGAAGCUUUUCAGAAAAAUCGGAAGUACAUUUUGGCACGACUUUCUUUUUUUUUUUUUUGGGUGGGGGGGCGGAUUACGAGUCAGAGGAGUUUUGUGUGGUGAAGUGAGUGAGUGAGUGAGUGAGCGAGCGAGCUGGACUCGGGACCUGCAGCCGGAGGAGCGGUUUGUUUGGGAGAAACGCGGAGAUGGUUUCUGUCUGUCGCUGACACUGAAACAUGAACAUUUUCGACGCUUGGGCGACAUAAACGCGGUCGAGGCUGCCUCGGAGUUCUCUGGACAGCGGUUCCGGGGGUUAAAGUGGCUUUCGGAACCGUUUGGAGACGCGAAAGCAGCUCUGGCUGAUGUGCUGAAUUACACUGGAUCAUCUCAUCUCAUUUCCAUCCAGCAAAGCUCUGAGAAAUAAAGGAUACAUUUCAAGAUGUAUCCGCAGGGCCGGCAUCCGGCGCCCCACCAGCCUGGUCAGCCAGGCUUUAAAUUCACUGUGGCGGAAUCGUGCGACAGAAUCAAGGAUGAAUUUCAGUUCCUGCAAGCUCAGUAUCACAGUCUUAAGGUGGAGUAUGACAAAUUGGCCAACGAGAAGACAGAGAUGCAGCGCCACUAUGUCAUGUACUAUGAGAUGUCCUAUGGGCUGAACAUUGAAAUGCACAAACAGACUGAGAUUGCUAAAAGGCUUAACGCAAUUCUAGUUCAGAUCAUGCCCUUUCUGUCACAAGAGCACCAACAGCAGGUUGCACAAGCUGUUGAACGUGCCAAGCAAGUGACAAUGACUGAGCUGAAUGCCAUCAUCGGGGUACGUGGACUUCCCAAUCUGCCUCUCACCCAGCAGCUCCAGGCGCAGCACCUGUCUCAUGCUGCCCACGGCCCUGUAGCUCUGCCCCCACACCCCUCAGGACUGCAACCCCCGGGCAUCCCCCCUGUCACAGGUACUGGCUCAGGCCUGCUGGCACUGGGAGCACUGGGCAGCCAGCCCCACCUGCCUGUGAAGGACGAGAAGAACCACCAUGACCUGGAGCACAGAGAGAGCACGAACAACUCCAUUUCCCCAUCUGACAGCCUGCGUACUGCCAGCGAGAAGCAUCGUGGUUCCUCUGACUAUAGCCUGGAUUCCAAGAAGCGCAAAAUGGAAGAGAAGGACAACAUGAGCAGAUAUGAUAGUGAUGGAGACAAAAGUGAUGAUCUUGUGGUUGACGUUUCUAACGAGGACCCUGCGACACCUCGAGGCAGCCCAGCACACUCCCCACCAGAAAAUGGCAUUGACAAGCCCCGCCCCCCCAAAAAAGAUACACCUAAUAGUCCUGCUUCAGUGGCCUCAUCUGGCAGCACACCGUCUUCCAAAACCAAGGAACACGGCCAUAAUGACAAAUCAUCCACACCUGGUCUCAAAUCUAAUACUCCCACUCCUCGGAAUGAUGCCCCAACCCCCGGCACCAGCACCACCCCAGGGUUGCGGCCCAUCCUGGGCAAACCGCCCAUGGAAGCGCUGGCUGCUCCUGCGCUGCGCACUCCCCUUUCCAUUGCUGGCUCUUACCCAGCUCCUUUUGCCAUGAUGGGCCACCAUGAGAUGAAUGGCUCACUCACAAGCCCUGGGGUCUACGCUGGCCUACACAUAUCUCCCCAGAUGAGUGCGGCUGCCGCUGCUGCAUAUGGCCGUCCAUCCAUUGCUGGUUUUGAUCAUCCUCAUAUGAGAGCCCCAGGCCUCCCUGCAAGCCUCACGUCAAUCUCUGGAGGAAAGCCGGCCUACUCAUUCCAUGUCAGUGCUGAUGGGCAGAUGCAGCCUGUGCCCUUCCCUCCUGAUGCUCUGAUGGGCCCUGGGAUCCCACGCCACGCCCGCCAGAUCAACACCCUAAGCCACGGCGAGGUGGUGUGUGCGGUCACCAUCAGCAACCCUACACGUCACGUCUACACUGGAGGCAAGGGCUGUGUGAAGAUCUGGGAUAUCAGCCAGCCUGGUAGCAAGAGUCCUGUGUCCCAGCUAGACUGUCUGAACCGGGACAACUACAUCCGUUCCUGCAAGCUGUUGCCUGACGGCCGUACGCUGAUCGUGGGUGGUGAAGCAAGUACCCUGACCAUCUGGGAUUUGGCCUCGCAGACGCCACGCAUCAAGGCUGAGCUGACCUCAUCAGCCCCGGCCUGCUAUGCUCUGGCCAUCAGCCCUGAUGCCAAGGUCUGCUUCUCCUGUUGUAGUGAUGGCAACAUUGCUGUCUGGGACCUCCAUAAUCAGACGCUUGUCAGGCAGUUUCAAGGCCACACAGAUGGCGCCAGCUGCAUUGACAUCUCUCAUGAUGGCACUAAGCUGUGGACGGGUGGCCUGGACAACACUGUGCGCUCGUGGGACCUCAGAGAGGGGCGGCAGCUGCAGCAACAUGAUUUCACCUCUCAGAUCUUCUCACUGGGCUACUGCCCAACGGGUGAGUGGCUGGCUGUGGGCAUGGAGAGCAGCAAUGUGGAGGUGCUCCACCACACCAAGCCAGACAAGUAUCAGCUCCAUCUGCAUGAGAGCUGUGUGCUGUCUCUCAAAUUCGCCUACUGUGGUAAAUGGUUCGUGAGCACUGGGAAGGACAAUCUGUUGAACGCAUGGAGGACUCCCUACGGCGCCAGCAUAUUCCAGUCAAAGGAAUCAUCCUCAGUCCUGAGUUGUGACAUCUCUGCAGAUGACAAGUACAUUGUCACCGGCUCUGGUGACAAGAAGGCCACAGUGUAUGAGGUGAUCUACUAGGCAGAGAACAGAGUGGAGAAGUUCAACCCAUGUUGAAAAGAGGAAACGGGGAACAGUGUGAGGGGAAACCAUGCGCCUUUUUUCCUCCUAGCCAGAUAAACAGUUCAGCACCUGUCUACCUGACUCUCAUCCCUCAUCAUCCCUUUCUUCAUGGACUGUGACUAACAACAGCCUGGACUAGUCAGAUAAUGGACUGUUUUAAAACUAGGACUUGAACUAGUCUGGUGGGGACUGGGCAGCCUUUAGCCCCGUCACUAAAGCUUCUUACUCGCUCAUUCCUUGCCCACUACACCCAACAUGGAGCAUUUGGCAUUAGAGAAGAGUAUCUUGUGGGGUUUUUUUUGGGUGUUUUUUUUUUUUUUUUUUUUAAACAAGGUAAGAAUGUUGCAGCAUGAAGCGGUGCUUCGUUCUGAAACUUUAUUCAUGUGGAGGUUCUGUGAAAAGUGUACAUAAUGGAGUAUUAAAAGGCCUUUUAUAGAUUUAUAUUUUGGUGUUCAGUUACACUCUCAAUGGUUCUUUCUCGCUCACCCUCUCCUUGAUGCUUUGUUUUUUCCGCUGGGGUUUGGAAAUUAGAUUAGGACGUUUAUUAUUAUUAUUUUUUUUUUCUAAGGAUAUUCUGUCUUUUGUUCCUGAGAAGUUAAUUUUAUGAGCUGACCUUUUAUGGAAAUCUAAUUUACCCUCCUCCCUUCCUCUGAAAGAAGAAAAAAAAAAAAUCAGCUGGAUCAUAUUUCAGGGAUGUGUGGUGUUGGUGUUUUUUUUUUUGUUUUUUUUUUUUUUGUGUUCUCCCCCGCCCCCCCUUUUCUCUCCCUUUCCCCCUGGGGGGACCCCUGUGGACCUUUUUUUUUUUUUUUUUUUUUUUUUUUUCCCCUCGGCGUGGUGGAGAGCCCCUGCCUAUAAACUCUUCCUGUGAGCACCUGAGGCUGAUGUCUGGCAGAAAGGGAAGCUUGGGAGGAUGGACGCUCUAUAUUUAAAAAAAAAAAAAUAAUAAUAAGCGAUACUUCUAGCCUCCUAUAAGUGGCCUCCUAGGAGAUGGUUGCCACAAGAGGGGAGGGGCCAAACAAGGUAGCUGUAGAAAAGGCAUGUGUGUACUGAGUGACAGGAAGAGCCUUCCCCUGACCUGUGACCUUCAUUACAUUGGUGUGUUGACAGGACUCAGCAUUUUGUCUUGUAAUGGAUGAACAUGAUUUAAUCAAUUGGUUAGUAUUUCCUCAUUCCCCUUUCUUUGGAGCCUCUUUGGAAUUUGUGUGCAUUGUGUCCCAUAUGCAAAAAGCACAGAGUUAGUUUGUCUGUCUGUAGCUACACCAAACAAAGCAUAAUGUUCAAGUUAGACAUGCAGACAUUAAUCAGACAAUUUGUCGACUUACUCAUCGUACUACACUGUCUCCUGCCUUACAAAGUCAGCGGAUACAGUCAUGUCUUAAAACACACACCAAAGUAUGUAGCAAACUGUGUUGUCACUGAAGAUAUGUACAGUUGUGGAUAUUUCAAUAAACUGUUUUUGUAAAAA